CUCCCUGAUACCCCUCCUCCCCGUCUGGGCGCGGCGCUCCCUCCUGGAGCCUUUCUUGUCCCCUCCCCCUGCCCGCCUCCCCCGUCUCCUCCCGGAGCUUCUCCGGUGCCCUCUCCGCCCCCUCCGGGUUUCCUUGUCCUCUCCCCUCCCCGCCCCCGUUUUUAAACCUGGCGCGGAGCGCGCUGGUAGGUAAGCGCCUUCGCCGGAGCGGUUACAGGCGCGGCCGAGUCUCUGGCGCCGUUGCCGUGUCGCGGGCUCCGCGGGCACCAUGAGACCCGAGUCGGCGUCCGGAGCCCGAGAGGCGCGGGGUCGCGUCUGUCACUGCCCCGCGGACGGUUCCCGGAGGCCACCGCCGCCGCGCGGGCCCGAGAGCCCUACACCAUGGAGACCUUGGGUCCCGACACCCAGAGAUGCUGAGCGGACCGGAACUGGAAGCCCGCUUCAGCCUGGGGGUGACCAACAAACUUCUGGAUCAAAGGGGGCGUUUGGGUUUCAGCACCCUGUAAGACUUUAUUUACCCAUUUCAAAGCGUCAAGAAUAUUUGCAGAGUUCCGGGGAAAAAGUGCUGGCCAGUUUCCCAGUGCAAGCCACCAUUCAUUUCUACAACGACGAAUCCGACCCAGAGGAUGGAGAGCACGAGGAGGAGGAGGCCGAGCCCUGCGACCUUCGGUGCCAGGACGCGGAAGGUCCUGAGGAAAACGGCCUAGGAAGAGUGAGCAGAGAGCGGCUGACACACCCAGGACGGACAUCCGGAGGACGCAGUGGCCUGGGCGGUAAGGGUCUGCUUCCCGACGACGGUGGCUCUCCCGGGGGUGCCCAGUGCGCAUGAGUCAUCCAAAUAGAUGGGGUCUCCCUCCCACGCCCGAGCUGCCUCACCUGCGCUCAUGGAGACAGGUGUGCCUGGGCGCUGCAUUUCCCCUGGGUGUACGGGGGGAGCAAGGGCUACUUUGGCCGGCACUCUACUCAUGGCAAGACCUCAGCUUUCACUUUUCCUUCGGGUGACUCAUCUUCAGAGCGCUCAAGCGUACUGUUGAGAAAGGAUUCUAGGACCAAGAGAAGGUUUCUGUCAACAUGGGUUCUUAUAUCAGGUCGGGCCAACUUUCAAAGCACAUUCUGCAUUGUCGCUCUGUUGAUCAAUUGACAGAUUGCUCCAAUAUAGAUUAAUACGCCACCCAUGCCACUCACUUAACCGGAGACUCAUCGUUUAGCUAUUUCUGCGUUGGUAAAAAUGAUACCGUACUGUCCAAGGGUUGAUGUAGUUGCUUAGUGGCAUUCUGGAAAAAAAAAAUUAUUUCUGAAAAACAACACACAAUGAUUCCUAUAAGAAUGACAGAAAUAAAAAGAUACGGAUUUUAGGGGACCGUUCUGGAUAAAAAUGUAUGUGAUUGUUGUCUAAGGGUUGUGUGUUUGAAUAGAGAGAAAACCUUGAACUCUGUUGGGGACUGC